UAAAUAUGAAUGUAUAUGUAUGUAAAAUAUGUAGACACGGCCUCAGGGACUGCACAAUUAUUUAAACAAAAACUUGUCGCAAUAAUGUCUUUGAUGAUUAAAUAUAAUAAUCAUGAAAAUGGUAAAUUACAGCAUUGCAUGUAGGUCUUAUGUUCUGCAUUUAGAGUAAGCUUAGAACAAAAGAGAAAAUAUUUAUUAUAAACAAUGAAGUUUUGGAUAUACAGAUUGUUUUGGAUAUGUAGCUGCAUGACAAAGAUGACAUGCAGUUGUAUUUUGAUGUCAAAUUAAAAUGAAUUGCUAUUGCAAUAUCAAAAGAAAUAGCCUAAUUAACAAUUGCGAUGCAUUAUAACGUUGCAGCCUUAGUUGUGUAUUAUACUGCAGAAUUAAUUCUUUAUAAUCAUGUUUGUGGAUUUUUUUUUUUUUUUUAAAAAGGUGACUGAAGGUGAAAGUUUGUCACAUCGAAUGUGAAAACUGACAAGGAAUUACUCAAAACAACAGUAACAAAAAAAAAAAGUAUUUAUUUGUCCUUCCACUCUGAUAAGAUCCUGCAUCCAUUUCUAAACCUAUUCCGCGAACCGCAUUCAUCCGCACAGACGAGCAGUGGCAAAGCACAACCAAAAAUAACAUAGUAUGCAAAAUAAUGUUAUUCAGCUAGACGCGUGCAUUUUUAUACAUCAAGAUACAUGAAGUAAUAUGGCCACGUGACGUAAAAACCCUCUAUUAUAGAGUAUAUUUGUACAAAGGUGUCUUGUAAAUAUCAAAUUUAAUCAAAUCAAACUAAAUUAAAUCAAAUUCUCUUCUCUUUCUUGAGCAUAUAAAUGAGAACACACAUGAUUCUUAAUUAAAUCCUUAAAAUUUACAAGUUAAGCACAUAUGACAUCAUAAGUCUCAGGCAACUUCAUCAUGAGGACAAUUAAUAACAAGUAAAUGGUCUCUCUACAGGAACAGUCACUUUUGUUUGUGACUAAAUACCUCUGAGGCAAACGGUGAAUCAUUGGUUAGUUCAUGACUGCAGAAACCAAAUCUAAAUGAACGAUCAGUUAAAUAGUCCAUUUCUACAUUUCUCCUCUGUGGAUCAGAACACCACCACCUUGUCUUUUUUGGCUUGUGCUUUCUUCACAGGCACAUGGACGUCCUCGUUGUCAGCGCUGAUUCUACUGGACAGCCGACUGAGGGAGAUGGAAUUAACUGCCAAAAAGAAGUUUGAGUUCAUUUAGAUGUUUCAAUUUUCAAAUAAAGAAGAAGAUACCAAAUUUUCAGUGGACAUGGUUACAACUGAUCAGCUCACUUGAGUUCUGGUGUUCAGGACAAUCUUUCUGAAAGUUCUCCAUUGAACCACAAAUCCAUCAGAAACCGCAUGACCAUAACCAUAUUUAUCGUGCACCCCUAGAUUAAAAAUUAAAAAAUGCUGCUGGAUUUGGAUGUGAGUAGGCUAACUGUAACAAGUCCUCAGUUUUUGUCCUUAUAGUAAGUUUUGUUUUGUCCAGUAGGUGGUAGUCACUGUGCGCUUUUUUGUUGGAUAAUGUGAAUGGAGUCUGUGAAUGUUGCCAGUGAUGCUCAAAUGUGCCCCCGGGUCACAAAACCAGUCAUCAGGAUCAUUUUGUUUGAGAUUUGAAUAAUCUGAAAGCUGAAUAAAGAAGCUUUCCGUUGGUGUACUAUGGUUUGCUAGGAUAGGACAAUAUUUGGCUGGGAUACAACUAUUUGAAAAUCUGGAAUGUGGGGGUGCAAAAAAAUCUAAAUAUUGAGAAAACUGCCUUAAAAUGUUGUAAAAGUAAAUGUAUUAUAAAUUGCAAAGGUGGACUACAGGUGUAACCUCGAAAAGCAGGAUUCUGUGUCGUGACGUCAUGGCGGGCGCGCUCAUUGAGACUCGAGGUCACUCCGGUGACUGAUGCGCAAACUUUUAGAAAACGUCUAGAAGAAGAAAAUGGUAUAAGAAUAAAAUAAUGGAGAAAUGAAUGGAAUAAUUUAAAUAUUCGAAUUCUGUUUAUUUUUAUUCUGUUGAUACUCAGGAAGUUUAUUAUAUUGUAAAAUAAUGAAAGCAAUUAUUUAAAGUCUUAAUAUGGAGCUUUCCUUCGUGGAUUAUUUUUCCCUUCUCUGACAUGGAACUGUUUAUGCAAAGCUAAUUUGUCUUUACAAUAUUUGGUAUUUGAGGAACUGUAACUCUGGCUUGGCUGCUGCGCGUGUAUGGAGACUGUGAACCUUUUCACGCAUCUUGAACUUUUCAGAGCUGCUCGGACACACACAAACCCACGGAGCUACCAUGUUUGAGUCAUUUCUAUACUUCCGUAUUCUACAAAUUUAUCUCCUUAUCUUUUAUCGUCUAAAAACCUAGUGUAUUGUUUUGACGCGCUAGUGUCUUGAGCAUCUCCAAGCGCGUUUGUUUUAUUAGACUGUAAGUGCUCGCCGUCUCUAUUUUUUAUUUUUAUUUAUUUAUUUGUUUGUUUGUUUGUUUGUUUAUUUUUGGACUUGCAGAUCGGAGCAGAUAUAUUAACGAUAUAGCUGAUAUAUUAAAGAUAUCAUCGUAUUUAAAAUCCGUUUGACUUAUGCUGUGGUAAGUUCAUACCACGUUUUUAAAUUAAUGACCAGUUUUGCAGUUACGUUUUACUUGCUGAUUGAUUUUAAAUUAUUAACUUGGGAAACAGACAGACUGCACGACCCUCUUUAAAAAUGCAAAUGCAAUUUCUUGAUUUGUAAUGUUUUUCCUCCCUUGAGGUUCGAGAAAGGAAGUACCUGGAGGAUGUCAUUCUUUGAUUGAUGGAAAGACUCAUUUUAGUCAUUUCACGAUUUUCAACUAUUUUCUAAAAUAAAUUAUGCUUUGGAAGGACUAUCUUAGGAUUUAAGUCUACAUCAAAGACUGCUUUGCACUUCUCUGUCUAGCCUGGAACUUCAAUAUGGCCACAACACCGCUUUCAGGAGAGACUUUGAAAAAUCUUAGUUCUGUGGUUAAAGCAUGCAAUUCCAAUUUUUCUUAUUCUCCUGAAACCACAGCUGUAUUUGCCACUGCAAUGACGCUCAUCAUGCUCGUCACCAUCUUUGGGAACAUCCUGGUGAUCAUCGCCGUCCUGACGUGCCGCUCUUUACGAGGACCUCAGAACCUUUUCCUGGUGUCCUUGGCUGCAGCUGACAUCCUGGUGGCAACAUUGAUCAUCCCGUUCUCCUUGGCCAAUGAGCUGAUGGGCUACUGGUACUUUGAAUCAUUUUGGUGUGAGAUCUUCUUAGCGCUGGAUGUGCUCUUCUGCACAUCUUCCAUUAUGCACCUGUGUGCCAUCAGCCUGGACCGCUACCUGUCCAUCUCCCGGCCGGUGCAGUACGCAACCCAACGCACCCCUCGCAAGAUCAAGGGGGCCAUAUUGGUGGUGUGGCUCAUCUCUGCGGUCAUCUCUUUCCCCCCGCUGGUAUCCAUGAAUAAGACCCCGCUGGUGAAGGAUGGGGGUGGCCCACAGUGCAAACUCAAUGAAGACGUCUGGUACAUCCUGUACUCCUCCAUCGGGUCGUUCUUCUCCCCGUGCCUCAUCAUGAUCCUGGUGUACGUUCGCAUCUAUCAGAUUGCCAAGAAGCACACUAGAUGUCCUCCGGGAGAGCAGAGGAAAGACUGUGCAGGGGGUGUGCCACCAGGCCAAGAGCUGCAGAACGGGAGAAACCAGAGAGGUGUUGACCCUGUAAAUGUUCCUAAUCCAACUGCAUCCAGAUCUGAAGCCGUGAACCAGCCUCAACCACCAGCAGAAAGUCGGCAGCAGAUGAAACACUCAAGAAAGUGCAAGGACAACAAGGACAGUUCAAGCUCCGGCUCUGACGUCGCGGUAGUUGGGGGAAACAAUGACAACUGGACAACCUCUAGUGUGGGGGCGCUGGAGCCCGGCCACCAGACAUCCACACCAUCCCAAACGUACCAAAAACUCAUUGCAAAGUCAAAGGGCAGCCAGCUGGCCUCUUCAAACAUCAGGUGGAACACCAGGAGGAAAACCAUCAUCGUCCACGAGAAGCGGUUCACAUUCGUCCUAGCGGUCGUCAUUGGGGUUUUUGUCAUCUGCUGGUUCCCGUUCUUCUUCAGUUACAGCUUGAAGGCCAUUUGUCCAGAAGCUUGUAAACUACCAGAGCCACUUUUUACAUUCUUUUUCUGGAUUGGCUACUGCAACAGCGCCGUGAACCCACUCAUCUACACCAUCUUUAACAGGGACUUCCGUAAAGCCUUCGAAAAGAUUCUGUGUAAAAAGUAUAAGGACUCUUCUUUAUGAAAGCAGACAACACUGGGGAAAAAAGGGUUUUAUAGGCCUACAGUAAAUUGGCAUUUGAGUCUUCUAAAGGUGAUCCUCGCAGAAACUGUCAGGGUCAUUUCAUUCCAGUAUUUCAAAGAAACGUUUUCUUGUAUUUUCUGCAAGUUGUACUUCUGAGAAUUAAUAAUAAUAAUAAUAAUAAUAAUAAUCAUUUUUUGUUUUUCUUGCCAAAGAAACCAGCCAACUGCUACGGAGCGCCUAAAGGGUCAUGGUGGUGGAAAAAAAUCAGAGUGAGUAAAAAAAAAUUGGAGUACACAAAUCCAAAUGUUUUCAUAUUUACAUAUUUGAAGCUAAAUCUUUAUAUAUUAAAUUAAUUGGGCUUUGUAUGUUCCAAUAUUGACAGGAAAAAAUCAUAAUGAACAAAAAUGUGCCACACUGGAGUGGGCCGGGGCUCACGCUGCACGGCACAGACUAUAACAGAUUAUUUAAAUUGACUGUGUAACAUUUUAUCUGUAUUGGUGAUUCUUUAUUUUAAUAAUGAACAGGCCGCACUUGCAAUGAAUACGUGUGCAUGAGGCGCCGGCGAGAUCAAAUCGCUGAAACAAAAUACUCAGUCACUUACAGAAGGCCAUAAUUUGAUUUUAAAUUCAGUUUGAAGAUUCAAUAAUAUAAAAGAUUAUUAGAAAUGUUAUUAAGCGAACACUGUUACGUACUUAUUUCGUUCUGGAACCUACAAGAAUGCAAUUUUCCCUGAAUAUUCAUAAGACUGCAAAUGUGACAUUGAUUUUAUAGAACAGUUCAACGAGAGAACGCAAAUAUCUUUGCGAGAGAAUGCAAAAGUUUUGCGAGGGAACGCGAAAGUGUUGAGAGGGAACACAAAGCAUUUGAAAAAUAUUUUUGUCCUCCCAUCCCGAUUUUUUUUCAGUCACCCUGAAUUUUUUCCACCACCAUGUCCUUUUAGGGGCUCCGUACCUUUGAGUAAAUGUCUUGUCAUGUCAAAAUCAUGCCACAAAGUGCCAAAAAAACAAAAAGAGAAGACCAAUACUGAAGGAUACUGAAGAAAAAAUAUUUAAGUGAAAUUGAACUUAUUUCUGCUUGUGACCUUUCUAGUGUGCAUUCAAAGACAAUGCAGCUCUUUCUUAAAGACACCUCACCUCUGGCUCUGCUGCAUUGUGAGAUCACAGAGCUGGAUAUGAGAAGAUUUCAGAGAGCUUCACCUCUCUGGAAAAGUGCCCGAGCUCUUAACGGCAAGAGAGGCUUUGCUCUCUGGGGUGAGAGAAAAUAAAGCAAAUGCAUAGGUACAUGGCUUUAGCAAGCUUUACAGCUGAAUCCAAACACACUCUGUUAAGAUAAAAAGCAUGGUUUUGACUGACAUUUUUACUGGUUUUCAGAUUGACAUGGAUUUCCUGAAUAAGAGUGUGCUUGAUCUCUGUUAUCGCUUAAUUUGUUGAGUUCUGAUUAUAAGUAAUGGCCGUUGUGUUUGUAGGCUGAUGCUUUGGGUUAUCAGAACCUCUUCCAGUGUUUUCUGUGACUAAGGAAUAGAGUGCCAAUUAUGUAAAUGAAUUGUGCCUAAUUGUGUGAAUUAAUGCCUCUUGAUAAAAAAAAAAAUUUAACAAAUUUUUUUUUGUGCUGUCAUAAGAAGGUUUGUGCACUUUAAUUUGUCUUCUCAAUGAUAUUAGUGACUGUGUAAGUGCAGAUAAGUAAAGCUCGGCAUGUACCGGCAUGUCCUGACGAUAAAACUGCUUCUCAGAAUUUGGUUCCAUUGAGCAUCCUGCUGAAAUGAGCUGUUGUUGUAAAGCAAAUAUAUUUGUGAAAAUAAAUUUACAUUUGAAUCAUCUGCAUCUUUUACUGAGUAAUUUUGGCAGCUGAUGUGCAAGUUGCUAAUGAUUGUUUUCAGAUAUUCAUGAACGUUUUGCUGGCUGGCUGUUAUGUACUCUACAUUAUGUACUCAUUGUGCCAUCCCAAAAUCACUUUCACAGGCCUUUACUUUUACUGUUUCCUCCUGGUGGAAUGACCUGCCCAACUAAAUCCGAGCAUCAAGAAAUGGCUAAAAAUCUUCAAUAUAUCUCUUCAAUCUUUA